GAAACUGAAAAGUCACCCAAAGCUGCUGCUGCUGCUUUUGCUUUAUGGUCUGGGCCUGGGCUGGACUUGAGGGGUCCUAUCUCUGUCUCUCUCGUCUCUCCUCCUCCUCCUCCUCCUCCUCCUCUAAUGAUAAUGCCACGACGUCGUCUCCUUUUCACAUACUACUACUACUACUACUACUACUGUUCACUGUUCAGACCCGACCACCUACAGAAUCCAAUCCGUUCGUCCAUCCUGGCUCUCCCUCUCUCUCUCUCUCUCUCUCUCUCUCUCUCUCGCUGCUUCCGCUCUGUUUUGCGUCCCUCAUCCGUUGUCCGCCCAAUUCCAUACUACUAGCCGUUGCGUUUUCGCCGCCGCAACCGCAAAGUCACGGGAAUCACACGCAUUUUUCAUUCAUUCUACCGCCCAAAAGCUGAAAACCCUAGAUAGCUUAAUAAUAAUAAUAAUUAUAUUCUUGGAGUUCCUUUUUCAUAUGUAUUCUACUACUCUGAAGUCCAAACACACUCUUUCUUCUACUUCUUCAUAUUGUUUGUAUAUUGGAGCUCGCUCGCUCUCUCUCUCUCUCCCUCUCUCUAGUUGAGUUGAGGGGUAUCAAAACUUGCGUUGCGAGAGAGAGAGAGAGAGAGAUGUAUGUGGUUCCUCCUCCAAAGCGCUCCGAUCCGUUAUCCGCCGGAUCCACUGGCGGGGCCGACGAUUUACGGAUUUACCAGACAUGGAAAGGCAGCAAUAUAUUCUUUCUUCAGGGAAGGUUUAUAUUUGGGCCAGAUGUGAGGUCAUUGGUGCUGACCAUGUUCCUCAUCAUUGCUCCUGUUACAGUUUUCUGCAUAUUUGUUGCUAGGAAAUUGAUGGAUAAUUUCUCUCGCCACUUGGGAGGAACAACUAUGGUUGUUGCUGUUGUCUUCACACUUUACGUUUUAGUUCUUUUGUUGCUAACAUCUGGAAGAGAUCCAGGCAUCAUUCCUCGUAAUGCGCACCCUCCAGAACCAGAAGGCUAUGAUGGCAGCGCAGAUGGCAGUGGCCAAACCCCACAAUUGCGCCUGCCUCGCAUCAAGGAAGCGGAGGUGAAUGGGAUUACUGUGAAGAUUAAGUAUUGUGAUACCUGCAUGCUUUAUAGACCUCCCCGCUGCUCACACUGUUCGAUCUGCAACAAUUGUGUUGAACGAUUUGACCAUCACUGCCCUUGGGUUGGCCAGUGUAUUGGGCUUCGGAACUAUCGAUUCUUCUUCAUGUUCGUCUUCUCCUCCACUCUCCUUUGUAUAUAUGUUUUUAGCUUUUGCUGCCUUUACAUUAAGAGGAUUAUGGAAUUAGAGGAGACAACCAUAUGGAAAGCAAUGAUCAAGACCCCUGCUUCCAUUGUGCUUAUAGUUUACACCUUCAUAUCAGUGUGGUUUGUUGGUGGCCUUACUGCUUUCCAUUUAUAUCUAAUCAGCACAAAUCAGACUACAUAUGAAAAUUUCAGAUAUCGGUAUGAUCGUCGAGCCAACCCCUAUAGCAGAGGAGUGGUCGAGAACUUCAUGGAGAUAUUCUGCACCAGUAUCCCCCCAUCCAAGAACAAGUUCAGGGGAAAGGUGGUAAGGGAAUCAGGUUUACCGUCUCAAUCAGCCGGUGGGGGUUUUGUUAGCCCAAACAUGGUGGGGAAAGCUGUGGAUGACAUAGAAAUGGGGAGGAAAGCAGUUUGGGGAGAUGUUGGGAUUGGAUUUGAUCAUUGUGAACGGCAACUUAGUGGUAAUGUCAGCCCGACCAUUAAGGAUGGUGGGCUAGGUGAAACAUCUCCAGAUGUAAGGACUACGGUGGACGAGGGGGAUCGCCUUGGAAUACAUCCAAGGCACGCCAAUUGGGGCAGGAAAAGCGGAAGCUGGGAGAUGUCUCCAGAAGUUGUUGCUUUGGCAGCUAGAGUGGGGGAACAAAACCGAACAGGUGGGAGCAGUAGCAGCAGCCUGACAAGCUCCUCCAAACCUACGGAACCAAGGCUGUGAUAAAUGGUUGGCGGAGCUGGAUAGAGUAGGUGAGUUUGAAGCAGGUUGUUUGAUGUUGUGAUAUGCUUGGUUCAACAUGGAAAUUAUUUUUCCGCAUGUGUGUGUGUGUUUUUUUUUU